AUGGGAUUUUUGUAUGGUGUGCUUGGUGCGGUGAAAAACGAAAAUGAAGUGACAACUUAUGAUAAAUACAUCACUCCAGAUGAGAAAAAGCUUCAAAAUGUACUUAACACCUUAAAUAAACAAGUUGGCUCCGGGCGUGAUGGGCUUGCGGUGUCUGUCGCGGAGGUGAAGAGGUGGUUGGAGGGGUAUGAUAAUCAAAUCAGAUGGUUGACGUAUAAUGUUGCAAAUGAUAUAUUAUCGCUUCAAUACGAUAUAGCAGGUAAGUAUAUUAAUGACAUUCAUGCUACGCAGGAACUGGGAGAGCAGCUGAAGCAGUGGAUUGGGGUUCUACAGGACAUUGCUCACCGUAUAGAUUAUACACUCACCGAACAUGCUAAUUUGUUAGACAUUGUAUUGAGUCGCAGUGUGAUACGUGAAAUAGAUGUAGUUUACAAAUCUGUACAGAUGCUGAAGACUAGUGCUGAGGAGAAAGCUUUCGCCGCUCAGGUAUUGAGAGUGGAUGCUGAAUUGGUGAGACUCAGAGUCGGUGUUCAAACAUCAAUUGACGGAAAAUGUAAUGAGCUUAAGGAUACGUUGCAAAAUGGUUUUACAGAGAUUAAUACGAAACUUCUCAAAUUGCGACGGGACAAAACGCACCAAAUUGAACGUAUCACGGAGUCUCUGAAGGCGGCAAGAGAAUUGCUUGGUGAGCAAGGAGAUAACUUCAAUAACAAUUAUAAAAGCGUUAUUAGUGCACAUUUCGAGACUGUAAAGAAAGCUGUCGAGUCUGUUCACGAAGAUAUAGUCACGAAAAAAAAAGCACUUGCGAGGUACGUAGAGGAGGUGGAGAUGUAUUUUUGGUAUGUUGAGGAAUUGGUUGGCGAUGGAAAGCAAAAUAGUGGUAUAGUGGGAACAAAUUGGGGUGAACUCAAAAAUACGAUAACAGGGCUUGUCGAUAAGCUGACAAAUGGAAGAAAUCCUCGAACUCCUGGGAAUUUAGAUGCAAUUGUAAAAGGAGUGCAGGAGUAUACUGCGAAGUUCACCGAAAAGAAUUUGGGGAUGAACUUGGAGGGGUGGAUGUUGGACAUAUACUCAGCCGAAUCCGUGAGUGAGCAUAUAACUGCAUAUGCUGGUUAUCUAAAUGCUCAUAAGGUUCAAUCAGGCAUAACGAAUUAUCUUAAAAGUAUUACGAAUGCGAUUGCCAUAAAAACCAAAUCUAACGAAACAGCUGAAGAUCAUCUAAAGCAUAUCAAUACAUUUUUUGCCCAACUCGCCGAAAAAGUGAGCCCACGUCAUGCGGGCGAGAUGGCCAUGGCGAUAGAUGGACAAUUGAAGGCGCAACGUAAUCAUGGCAUUAGCGCUGAUAAAUCUUUGCUUGAACCUGCGGUUAAGAAUGUCUUGCAGUUCCUGCUUUCUGUAGUGAAGCGACUCAGAGACGAACUUCAAGGGUUUACCAGCGACAAGACUGGUAUAAGUAAAUACAACCUUGGGAAGAAUGUUCAAGAUGCAUUAAAAACAAUCGAGUCUAUAAGAGUGCAAUUUGAUGACAGAAAUGAUGAUAAACUAACUCACAGUUUACCAGACUACGGCGCCAAUAUUGACAAAGCUUUGGGAACGGUGAAAGAGAAAAUAGGUAAACUCGAUAAAAUGUUAGCACAGCAUGGAGGUGCUCUAAAAUCGAAGGUCAACGAAAUUUCGAGCGACAUUCUUUCCAAAAUUCGUGGCAUUAAAAACUCACAGCAGGAAGGUGGCGUAAUUGAAACGGAAAAACAUAAGGCUGAAUGCCUGAUGGAUGGGUUACGGUAUGAGGUCGAAAACAAAAUUAUCCUCUGUUAUGAAGUAGUAAAAAAUGCAGGUGACGCACUGUCGGAUCACAUAGAAGAUCUACGAAAAUCAGUCGAAAGCGCCUACAAUAAAUCAUUAAAACAUCUCUCGGCCGUAAAAAGUUUCCUCAUCCAAAAGGUUCAAAGAUCCUACUCCCAAGUUACGUCCGAAGUAAGAAAAUUGUUUGCGGAUCAAAGGAUGGCAGAAUUGGAAGCCCUGCACAAAUGCGUAGAAACGCAGCUAACGGCGGUGAAGGAGAUUAUUGAUGUCGAUUCUAGAAGCGGAAUUAAAUGUCUUCUAAAGGUUAUGAAUGACAAAUCUACAUUGGAGUCUUGGGGAGAAUCAUUGCCUCAGCCGGCACCUACGGGGGAAGCGUACCGUAAGACGUUAGCACAAACUGCGAAACAAUUUAAAAAAUACGUUGACAAUAUACAGGUUAACAUCCAGUAUCAACUUGUAUGCCCCGGUAAUCCCAUUGACGAAAUGUCUAAAUUAUCCGAUAUUGAAAAAGAUUUUGAUAAAUUGUUUUAUUACCUAAAAGAUGAUGAAACGACGAAACAUGCUCGAAAAUACCUCUAUGACACUAAGUUCUCCUCCCUCCUCACCACCCUCUCCACCUCCCUCUCUGCUCUCCACCCCUCCGCCUUCGCCAACCCCCGCCACCCGGAGCUGCUCGAUGCGGUCAAACAGGGGCUGCAGGGGUUUGUGGGCGAGAUGGAGCGGGUGUAUGUGAACAGGUAUGAUGGAGGGGAUAAAAUUAAAAGAUGGACGCAUAAAGAAACUGGAGAUGUAGAAUUAACGGCUGAUGGCCGAAAUGGCGCAAAAGUAUUUGUUAGCAUACUAACGAUACUGUAUGAGAGUGUUAUGAAUUUGGGAGAAGAGUGUAAGUCCGCUGAAUUCCAAGCAAUAUAUACGUCAAAGGAGAAUAAUAAAAACGUACUUGGUGAUUUCCUUAGUGGUUGCGGCUACACGGUCUCCAAGUCCUAUAAUUCCCACGAAGGGCAUUUGAGGAAUGAGCAAGAUUGUUCGGGUACGUUCAUAUAUAGAACGCUGCUGAACAAAGAAGUAAAUGGUUCGCAGAAUGUUGAACACGUUAAAACAUGGAAGCAAGAGAUGAAGAAAGAGAAUAAGUUCACUCAUCCUCGUGAUGCUGACGACACCAAGAUAACUCUCCUCGACAUGCUUGAUUAUCUUUUCGAGAAGCUGGAGAAAUACAACGACGUAUGCCAUCUGUCAACUUUAACUGCAACACGACAACCGUGUUCCGUCUACGAAAUGUUGGUCUGGCUCUCCGGUCUCCCGCAUAGUCCCGUGCAUAAACCUAAGCUAGACCUAACCGUCCUCCAAGUGAUAGCAGACAUCAAUAAACAUGAGAACGAUGCUGCUGACAAUGAGGGCGAUAUGGAAAUUACAGUCGAAAUGGGUGACUCCCCCAGCGUUUCAUUGGCCACGCCCAAAGAUACUACCGUAGCUGCCUAUCCAGAAAACGUGCUGUAUGCUGAUAUACGAGAAGCCAUAACGCACGUAUGCGCUACUGCCUACGAUGUAUUAAUCACAAUUGCCGGUCACGGCGACGCAUAUACAACGUAUUCGGGUGACUACUCCAACAACUCCAUGAGGUUCUACUACCCUGCCUCGGGAGAAGACUGCCUCGAUAUGCUACUGGACAUCCUUCGACGGCUGCUGCCAACAUUACAAUUUUUGAAAACCCAGUGCGAAAAUAGUACCAGUAACAACGGUUGGCGCAGCUGCAAGUACGGCAAAGAGAUCAAGACGGCCAAAUGGCCCUGUACCGAGCACUCAAGCGACGACUCAAACACCGACCCAAAUUGCCAACCAACGUCGCCCCUUCAGUCCUACUUGAAUGACUGCUUACCGGGCAAUAUUCCGCAUCUGCUUACUUCUAUUGGCUGCAAAGCAAAGUGUGACAGUUGUCCCACUGUUAAACGUGGAAUGCCUUGUCUAACUCCCCUAGGCUUCAGGGGAUUCUCCGGUUAUACGAAGACGGGUAGAGACUUGUGUCACAUACUCACCAAAUUCCUUGGUAAUGAGCACGUUGGAGGCCUAUUCUGUUUACUGCCCAAGCCGCCCAAGACGUUGCCGGAGCAUUUCCAAUUCGCCUUGUCGCUGGUUAAGGGAUGGGUUAGUACUGCUAACAUAACAAAGCACGUUAAAAAUAAAUUCAGUUUCCAGACACGUUUCCAAUCCAGCUUCGAGACAUCCAUCGAGAAGCUAUCAGUUGAGCUAUGUAAGUCCCCUUCCGUUUUAACCAAUGCAUUGGCAAGCGCAUACGGUUCGGAGUCCGGUGUGCAUCUAUCAUGUCAGGAUAAUCACAUUGUGAAUCUUACAAGUCACGAAAUAUGUAUCAACGACAGCAAGGAUGUGAGAUGCGCUCCUUAUCUCACCGCUCUAUGCAAAGAUACAUAUCAUUAUCUUGUUCACAAUCACACCGACCUCUACGUGUCCUGGUCCGUGUAUCUUCCCUGGGAUUUCUGGAAUUGCCUAAACAAUUUUUACAAAGACUUAUGCGACAUCUUCUGUCAGGACUGGGGUUGUCAAAAAUGCCUCCGCGGUGACAUUUGUAAAAAGGGAUCACACGCCUCCGUUGAUGAGAAAAGUGGAAUUCCUCAUUGCCGCUGCCAAUCUAUAGUCAGCUGUAAAGGCGUAUCACCUACGUUAUACAGAUAUGGAUUUGCGUUUGCUGAUGCGUCUAGCCUGACUAAAUCGAAAUUUGAGAAAAAAUGUUCAGAUUUCUGCAAACAUCUGUAUGAUAUCCUUCAUUCACAGUAUUUCAAAAACGUGUUCAAAAUCUGCGACGAAUUCAUUUUCACCAUCAGACAACCUUUCAUCUGGCUCAACGUCGCCUUCUGGCUCCUCUCCUUCCUCUACCUCCUCCACAUCAUGGUCAUCCGCCUCGACCUGCUCCACAUCAAAUCGCAUCUGCAUAGUCCCUCAUCACAUCGUAUUGCUGCGCAAUCACUACUUGCUGCUGGACGUGUUAACAAGCUUAACAGGGUGUUUUACCUGCAACCAUAA